CGCCGGCCGGUCCGGCGCCGGGCCAUGGCGCUGUUGCGGGACGUGUCGCUGCAGGAUCCGCGGGACCGCUUCGAGCUGCUGCAGCGUGUGGGGGCCGGGACCUAUGGCGACGUUUACAAGGCCCGUGACACCAUCACGUCUGAACUGGCAGCGGUGAAGAUCGUCAAGCUAGACCCAGGGGACGACAUCAGCUCUCUUCAGCAGGAAAUCACCAUCCUUCGUGAAUGCCGCCACCCCAAUGUCGUGGCCUACAUCGGCAGCUACCUCAGGAAUGACCGCUUGUGGAUCUGUAUGGAGUUCUGUGGAGGAGGGUCACUGCAGGAGAUUUACCACGCCACUGGGCCCCUGGAAGAACGGCAGAUUGCCUAUGUUUGCCGGGAGGCACUGAAGGGGCUCCACCACCUGCAUUCUCAGGGGAAAAUUCACCGAGACAUUAAGGGUGCCAACCUUCUGCUCACUCUGCAGGGUGAUGUCAAGCUGGCGGACUUUGGGGUGUCAGGCGAGCUGACGGCAUCUGUGGCCAAGAGACGGUCUUUCAUUGGCACUCCAUACUGGAUGGCGCCAGAGGUUGCUGCUGUGGAACGCAAGGGUGGCUACAAUGAGCUAUGUGACGUCUGGGCCCUGGGCAUCACUGCUAUUGAGCUGGGCGAGCUACAGCCACCGCUGUUCCACCUGCACCCCAUGAGGGCCUUGAUGCUCAUGUCGAAAAGCAGCUUCCAACCACCCAAGCUGAGAGACAAGACGCAUUGGUGAGGGCUCCAGCCAAGCCCCCAUAGGACAGAGGCUUGCCAA